GCCGGGGCUCGCCAGGGCUCCCAGCGCCCCGCAGCACCGCGGGGCUACAGCGGCAGCGGCGUGCAGGGAGCCGGCGCGAUGUACCUCCGCAGGGCGGUCUCCAAGACCCUGGCGCUGCCUCUGCGGGCGCCCCCAGGCCCCGCGCCGCUCCGGAAGGACGCAUCUCUUCGCUGGAUGUCAUCCAACAAAUUCCCCGGAUCGUCUGGAUCAAAUAUGAUCUAUUAUCUGGUUGUAGGUGUCACAGUCAGUGCUGGUGGAUAUUAUACUUACAAGAGAAUGACAUCAGAGAAAGCCAAACACAGCGAUCAUAUAACGAAUUUGAAAGAAAAAACCAAAGCAGAGUUACAUCCACUUCCAGGUGAAAAAGAGAACCCUGUGGGUGCCGAGGAAGCCAGUUCAGAAGCCCCCGAAGUACCUUUAGUGGAAGCUCCGGUGGUGGAUGCUGCAGAGCUUCCCAAUGCUACAGUUGCAGUCAUAAAAGAGGCUUCCCCCUGUCCAGACAAUGUGGAGGCUGCUGCCGAGGAAACCACUGCCGCUGGUGCUGAAACUGGGUCAGAGGUGACAGAUGCGGGGACGGGAGAAACCGCAGAGGUCAGCACUGAAUCCACGUCAGAGGUUACCAGCGCAGCUUGGGAUGAAGCUGUUGCCAUCAAUAGUGAUAAAGGUACAACCGAGAACGAAAGCUGUGGUGAAUAUGCUGAACUAGAAGAAAAUUCUCCAGUUGAGUCAGAAUCCUCUGCUGGGGCUGAUUUACAGGAAGAAGCCAGUGUUUGUUCUGAGGCCGCCUCAGCCCAAGGCUAAUCUCAUGCUGAUUGACACUUGGGCAAAAAAUGCCACAGAGGGUCUGUUAGGUGUUUUUGUAGUUUCAGUAACCUUAGAUUUUAAAAAGGCUUCUUUUCUAGAAAAUGUUAAUGUGCCUUGAGGAUUUGGGGUAUCUACUGAUAGAUUUCAGGAUCGAGAGAUUUGAGAUUUUGCAUGCGGAAUAGUUUUCUACUCUCUGGGAUCAGAAUAUGACAUGUAAAGAGCUUAAAGAGUUUCACCUGUGGAUUUAAAUUUUAUAUCAUAGGAAUUGAGCUA